UGGAUCUCUAAUGAUCUCAGGUUACGAACAGGUGUUUCGUGGAAACGCUGGAGCCUUUGAACAUGAGCUGAUGGGUAGAUUUUCUGUGCUCAUCAAACACUGAUCAGACAAAAUGAAAACGGUCAUACAUCUGAAAAGAGCCACCUUUUGAGAGGCUGACGGCUGCUGGAGGACUGUGACUGGGAGCCACCAGCCAGGCCGGGUUUCCCUGCUCCUGAUCGCUACAGCUCCACCGCUGGUUCCAUAUCAUGGGGAACCUUCUGAAAGUUCUGACGUGCACAGAUUUGGAACAGGAGCCCAACUUUUUCCUCGAUUUUGAAAAUGCACAGCCCACGGACGCAGAGCGAGAGGUGUGGGGGCAGGUGGACGCCGUGCUGAAGGACUCGGAGGGGAUCCUGGACGAGUUGCAGGCCUACAAAGGAGCCGGCCAGGAGAUCAGAGAGGCGAUCCAGAAUCCCAGCGACGAGGCGCUGCAGGAGCUGGCGUGGGCAGCGGUGGUCCCUUUGGUGUGGAAGCUGAAGAAGUUCUACGAGUUCUCCCAGAGAUUAGAAGCGGCGCUGCACAGCCUCCUGGGAGCUCUGACCAGCGAGACCUACAGCGACUCCACUCAGCACCUGGAGCGGGAGCAGGCGCUGGCCAAGCAGUUCGCCGAGAUCCUGGACUUCACUCUGCGCUUCGAUGAGCUCAAAAUGACAAAUCCUGCCAUCCAGAAUGACUUCAGCUACUACAGGAGAACCCUGAGUCGGAUGAGGAUCAACAACGUACCGGCCGAGCUGGAGAAUGAAGUGAACAACGAGCUGGCAAACCGGAUAUCUCUGUUCUACGCCGAUGCCACGCCCAUGCUGAAGACGCUGAGCGACGCCACAACCAAGUUUGUAUCGGAGAACAAGAACCUGCCCAUCGAGAACACGACAGACUGCCUAAGCACGAUGGCGAGCGUGUGUAAAGUCAUGUUGGAAACGCCGGAAUACCGCGGCCGCUUCAUCAACGAGAGCACAGUGUCCUUCUGCCUCAGGGUCAUGGUGGGGGUGAUCAUCCUGUACGACUACGUUCAUCCUGUCGGAGCAUUCGCCAAGUCCUCUAAAAUUGACAUGAAAGGCUGCAUCAAAGUUCUCAAAGAUCAGCCUCCAAACAGUGUGGAAGGCCUUCUCAACGCUCUCAGGUACACAACCAAGCAUCUGAACGAUGAAUCUACAAACAAGACGAUCAAGAGCAUGCUGCAGUGAGACGGCGCUGCGGCUGCUGCGGGGAAAACGCCACUCGCUGACCUGACUGAUGUCGCUGCACAGAAUGUCCUGUUUUUUUUUUUGUUUUUUUUAAAGGAAUGAACUGAAUACUUUAUUGGUUUUUCUUCAUAACUAUCUGGACAGAAAAACCACAAUUAGGAACAAAAAUCUUGGUGACAAUCCUUCAUUUAGUUGUCGCUGUCGUCAUCCUCUCCCUCACCUCUGGCGGCUGGUCGAGCCACCGCUGAUGGGCCGGGUUCAUUGUCUGGGUCCACUUGGUCACCUCCCUGUCCUCUCACGACCGCAUCGGCAUGUGCUCUCAUGCUGGCAAGAGGAAUGCCAUGUUGGGAUGCCUUCUUGCAACCUCAGUGAACCCGGAGAAGUCGUCAUGCUCAUCCUCUGUGACCUCAACAUCCAUGUCAGGCCCCUCACUCUUGGAGGCAUUAUAUGUGGUAAUCCGCUCUUACGAAGCGUAUCGUUCCCAUUGGAGACGAGCAGUUCUUUGGCAACCCACGCCACCAACAACGAGCCACGAACUGCCCCUAAAUCCCCCGCAAAUCCGGCAUAGAUGCGCCCACCAACUGCCAGUAGCCCAGCUCGAGCGGCUGCCCACUCAUCGGGAUAGGCCCAUCGUACAAGGUACCACGGACAGUCAGCACGCUGAUGUCUUUCUGCAGACAUUAGUCGCCGUUGCGACUGGCGGCAAGACAAUGGCAGCACAUAUACACUGCGACUCGCCGAUCGGUUGGUCGGAUAGGUUGCCACUGCCACGAAGAAUGUGAUUCUAGCCUGGAGAUCUAUGUUGUCCGCCCACUGCCAGGUAUUUUUAUUUUAGGCUGCCUGGAUGACACCAUCCUGACUGGCUGGCAUGAGACCUAUGACAUCCGUGAACCACUAGAGGUUUCCGAAGUUUCGUGGGUCGGCCGUCAUCCGGAGUAAUUCAUCCCUGGCUUCCGCCUGAUUAUAACACUCGGCGAGCAUUUCGGCUAUAACCUGUCGAGCCAUAGCGAUAGAUCAUUGAAAGUCGGUCCCCUCUCUUGAAGAGACCCAGAUCUGGCAAAUUGCCAUGGCUUGGGCCAGGUGAUGAACACAGUCCCUACCGGUCAUCCUUUCGAGGGGAAAGGGCUCAAUGUCGCACCUUCUCAGAAUGCA